AUGGGGAUGAAUGGGGGUCAUGUGACCGCUGUUGGCCCCCCCCUGCAGGUGGAGUGCAACGCCAAGCUGGACCCGACCCAGACCUCCUUCCUCAAGAUGGCGGACGGAGGGGGCCAGCCCCAGAUCACACAGCCAGCCAGGCUGACCGAAGCCUUCAAGUACUUCGUGCAGGGAAUGGGCUACAUGGCGGCCUCGGCUAUGACGCGGCUCUCGCGCUCCCGCACGGCCUCGGUCUCGAGCUCCACAUCCGGGGAGGGGGAAAGGGGGCGGAGCCGGACCCUGUCGAGGGGCAGCGUCGGGGGGGGGCCCACGGCCCCACAGUGA